AUGUACGGACAUGUAGGGAGACUAGCAGAAGAAAUUAAAAAAGGAGCUUCAUCUGUUGAAGGUGUAGAAGCCACCCUAUGGCAGGUCCCUGAGACACUGUCAGAGGACGUGCUUGGGAAAAUGAGUGCACCACCAAAGAGUGAUGUAGCAAUUAUCUCGCCCAAUGAACUUGCUGAUGCAGAUGGAUUCAUUUUUGGCUUUCCAACAAGAUUUGGUAUGAUGGCUGCUCAAUUUAAAGCAUUUUUGGACGCAACUGGCGGUCUAUGGAGAACACAACAGCUUGCUGGCAAACCUGCUGGGAUCUUUUACAGCACUGGAUCUCAAGGUGGUGGACAAGAGACCACUGCAUUGACCGCCAUCACUCAGCUGGUUCAUCAUGGAAUGAUCUUUGUACCCAUUGGAUACACAUUUGGAGCUGGCAUGUUUGAAAUGGAGAAUAUCAAAGGUGGAAGCCCUUAUGGUGCCGGAACUUUUGCUGGGGAUGGAUCAAGACAGCCAACUCAGCUUGAGCUGGAGCAAGCAUUCCACCAAGGGAAGUAUAUUGCCACCAUCACAAAGAAGCUCAAGGGAGCUGCUUAA